AUGCCUGUAGUGCAGAAGAGACGCAACUUCACCCCCGAGCGGGUUGCCAUCAUUGAAGUCGAGAUCGACAAGCUUCUAGUUGCCGAUUUCAUUGAAGAAGUCUCCUACGCAGAAUGGUUGGCGAACGUUGUUCUAGUAGCAAAGAAAGAUAAACGCCUGUGGAGAGUAUGCGUCGACUACACCGACCUCAACAAGGCAUGCCCUAAAGACAACUUUUCACUGCCAAGAAUUAAUCAGCUCGUCGAUUCAACUUCCGGCAAUCAAUUGCUAAGCUUCAUGGACGCCUACUCCGGCUACAACCAAAUCAUGAUGCAUAAAGACAACAAGGCAAAGACCUCCUUCAUCAUCGAAAGAGGUACAUAUUGCUACAAAGUCAUGCCCUUUGGGCUGAAGAACGCCGAAGCAACCUACCAAAGUCUGGUGAACAAAAUUUUUAAGGAGCAAAUCGGCAAAACUAUGGAGGUCUACGUAGACGACAUGCUAGUUAAAGCCCCCGAGCGAGCAGACCACAUCAAGAACCAUGUCGAGGCAUUCAGCCUACUCCGAAAAUACAACAUGAAGUUGAACCCGAGCAAAUGCACAUUUGGAGUCUCGUCUGGCCAAUUCCUUGGAUACUUAGUCACCCAAAGAGGAAUUGAGGCACAUCCAAAUCAAAUCAAGGCUAUACUCGACAUGAAGCCAAAACAAAUAAGAUACAAAUGUAGGCCAUUCUUCAAAGCCUUGAAGAAAGGACACAAAGACAAGUGGGAUGACGAGUGUGAAGUAGCUUUUCAAAAUUGGAAAACCUACCUCACUUCACCUCCCUUACUCUCAAAAUCGAUACCAGGCGAAAACUUGUACAUCUACUUGGCGGUGUCCGACUCAGCUGUCAGCUCAGCUCUCAUCCGAGAAGAGCUGGGGGCACAACAUCCAGUAUUCUACACUUCAAAAGCUCUCCUCGAUACAAAGACUCGCUAUCCAAAAAUGGAGAAGCUCAUUUUUUCGCUUGUGAUUUUUGCGAGAAAACUAAAGCCUUACUAUCAAGCACACCGGAUAAUUAUUAUGAUAGAAUUUCCUUUGAGAUCGAUCCUCCACAGCCCCGACGCUUCUCAGCGACUCAUGAAAUGGGCUAUCGAACUCAGUCAAUACAACCUCCUCUACCGGUCGAAGACUGAUAUAAAAUCCCAAGCUUUAGCAGAUUUUGUUGUAGAGUUUACUCCAACAGCCAAUGAAGAGAAUAUGGUCAUGAAAAGCAAUGAAAAAGCAGACAACACCUCCCCCACUGAUUCGAACCUACCUAACGACAUGUGA